AAGCAUUGGCGUACCCCUCUUCCGUCGGGCGUAGCGGAUGCGGUCCGUGGCUUGGACGCCGCAAACCGACGUCAGCUUGGCACAGAGUUGCACCGAGUCGCCGUUGAUUACAGUUUCGCGGACUCUGCAACGGCUUCGCCUGACCAGCCGCUGAGUGAAGCAGUGAGACAGCUUUUGCCGGGAACAACGCUACAGUUUAAGCAUCUGACCGAGCUGCUGCAUUGCUUGCACAGCGUCAGCAGUGCCGAUGACGAUCUGCUGCAGAGCAGCCGCCUGCGGGACUGCGGCGAGCCCCUCUCGCCGGGGGAGGAAAAGCAGAUCAUGGACUUUAUACAGAAUGCGAAUACGGCGGAUCAACUUGCAGAGGUCGUGCUUGGAGUGAAACAAGUGAUGCAACAUGUGGAGGAGAGAACACCACGCACGCAAGCACUGGGCGACUGGCUCUGGGAUCUUGAGGACGACCUUCGUGACCAGGCUGUUCCGGCGACUUGCACCAUUGGGCAGCUGCGAUCAGUGUAUGCAGCGCUGACCUCAAAAGGAAAUCAUGCUGCUGAGGCAGGUAUGAUUGGAGCUGGUGCUUCUCUGCAUUCUGAAGACCCAGAACCAGCAGGACACCAAAGUGAAAAUAUUGCAACAGAGGCAACGCGAUCGCCACCUCCCGACAACCAGCAGCACCCUCGAGCAGAUGGGUCUAGUGGGGCCAGCUCUCGUGCGAUUCCGGUGCGAAAAAAUGAUAAACGACGACAGCAGGCAGACCACGCGUCUCCAACGCAAGCGAAACGGAGUCGCUUCAAUCACCCACGUGAAAAUGGCACCUAGGCGCAGUAGGCACUAUAAGCCUCUUUGGGAAAGUUUUGCGAUGAAGGUAUGAGGGUAGCUUCCCGGAUUUAGAUGAGUUCAGAUGAGAACCACAAAGAACAUCAACAUGUUCAUAGUUAGAUGGAUUACAUAAAAGAUAGAUGAGUACUUGAAUAUUUUUCUUCAUUUUGCAUCUAUCUUGUGAGGGAUCACUGCGUGCUGGAGGACAUUAAUUCGAACUUCAUAGUGUUCGAUCUGAAGAGUCGACAAGAAUAGAAGCGUGUAAUACAUGACGGUAGUUUUGAGUCAUUUCUUGAAUAUGUUGAUGGCGACUACCACCACCACCUUGUCGCUGUUAAGAUUGUCUCAAAAGUAGCAGCCCAAUAGACAUAAUCCAUGUUCGUUGAUGCGUCAUCUCUAAAUUCUUUAUUUGAAUGAUUUAUUACUCAGUCUGGACAUAUAAAGAACGUUGAUGUCCCUCAUUCAACAUGCUGAUUCUAGUGAAUGACUACUGAUGCUGAACCCAUUCAAUCCUCAGCUAUUCCAUCUGUAUCUCAUUCCAUGGUUCGAGUUUUGCAGGUAUUUGAGAGUUAUUUUGCCACUAUGCACUACUACCCGAGAGUGAACGGAUUUGUGCGCGGUAGAUUGCGCCGAAGCAAUCUUGCACGGCUAGGAGGGUUGUAGAAUCAAAAUCAACG